AUGUUUAUAAAGCUAGAGAUCCCUCUGCGGUACAUCGCGAUCUGUUCCGCCUCGUCCUCCUCUUCAUUCCAGUGUCAGACUAUGCUGUGGUUCAGUUUACUACUUCUAUCGUUUCAAAUUCGAUCUAGUCUUUGUGCGUUGCCUCUUCGGGAUCAGAAUCCGACGGUUUUUGAUCUUCAAUCCCAUCGUGGCGGUAGAGGAGAAACUGUAGAAAGCACGCUUCCCAGUUUUGCUUGGGGACUGAUCCAUGGUGCCAAAACUUUGGAAUUGGACAAUGGCAUUACCAAGGACGGAACCGUGAUUGUCUGGCAUGAUGAGAAUAUUGUCGCAGAAAAGUGUCUAGAUACGGCACCAGCGUUUGAAGGCGAUUGGGACUACCCUUACGUUGGGAAAUACAUUGCCAAUCUCACCCUCGCGCAGCUUAAAACAUUGGACUGUGGUUCUCAAAGGCUGGAUGGUUUCCCCCAACAACUCACUUAUCCUGGAACGAAACUGUCUACUCUCGAAGAGUUAUUUGACUUUGUUGACUGCGUGGAUACGGAGCAUAGAAUGCUCUUUAAUAUCGAAUCCAAGAUUGACGCUGAUUACCCCAACCGGACUCGUUCAGUCGAUGACUUUGUGGAAUAUCAAUACGCUGCUUUUGCCAAAAGUCCCUACCUCUACUCUAUCACAUAUCAAAGUUUUGAUUGGAGAACACUCAUUGGCAUGAAGUCAAAAAAUUCGGCAAUUACGACUGCUGCGCUUAUCUCUUCAGGAACAGCGGUUGGCGCCGAUAAUAAUGCCUCUGCGUGGUUAGCAGGCCUGAAUCUGGACUCUUUUCGGGGUGCGACACAGGGUGAAAGGGUAGCAAGGGCCGCUGAUGCCAUCGACGCUGACAUUCUUUCGCCGUCUGAUGUUUCGGAUAAUUCACCUGUAGAGGACCCAAACAAGGAUGGUUUUAUAUAUUUCACCACUGAAGAGAUGAUCUCGACAUCCCAUUCGCUUGGUAGAGAGGUCAAACCCUGGACAGUCAAUCGGUUGAAUAUUGCUCAGCAGUUGUUGAUGUGGGGUGCGGAUGGAUUAAUCACCGACUACACGUCUGCCAUGAGGAGAUUUCUUGACCAGCAAAGAUACGAAGUGCUGCCUGGGUUUCCUGAGGACAAAGUGUUGCAAUGUCUGGCGCAGCAUAUCCAAAUUACAGCAGAAAACUCAUGUUUAUAA